AUGGUCCUUGUGCUCAUACCGCUGUUCAGUCUCCUCCAGCUGGGGGCAGGCCAGUGGAAAGUACUUGGACCAAAACAAACCAUCCAGGUCUGGGAGGGGGAAGAUGUCACAUUCCCCUGCUCGCUCUCUCCUGAGACAAACGCAGAGGCUAUGGAAGUGAGGUUCUUCAAGGAUUACUUCAAUGCCAUAGUCUUCCUCUACCAGGAUGGGAAAGACAAGAGAUACAUGCAGAUGACGCAGUACAAAGGAAGAACAGAACUGGUGAAGGACUUCAUUACAAAUGGGCGUGUGUUGCUAAAGCUGCAGAAAGUGGUCCCCUCAGACACUGGUAUAUACGGGUGCUGGUUCAGCUCCAAAACUCAUCAACAUGAGGCCAUCUGGGAUCUGGAGGUCACAGUUUUGGGUUCACCUCCUCUCAUUUCAGUCAUGGGAUAUGUUGAUGGAGGCAUUCAGCUACUCUGUCAGUCCUCUGGUUGGGUUUCCCAACCCAUAAUGAAGUGGAUAGGUCCAGACGAACUUGAGUUACCCUCAGACUCCAAAGUAAAUGAAGAUACUCAAGGCCUUUUUGAUGUGGAGACCUCCCUUACUGUCCAAGAGGAUUCUGGGAGCGUAGCCUGUUCCAUCCAACACACUGACCACAGCCGAGUAGUGAAAUCCAGAAUAUGGAUUAGAAAGGAGGUCCAGGAUAAACUCGAAUUGAAGGAAACCUGGAAAUUUGCAGAGGCGUUGACUCUGGACCCAGACACGGCUCACCCCCAGCUCUACAUUUCUAAUCUGAAAAGAGUAACCUAUAAACCAAUUCCUCAAGAUGUAUCUGAACUGGACACGAGAUUUGUAGGAAAGUGUUUGGUGGCUCAUCAGGGUUUCCUAUCAGGGAAACAUUACUGGGAAGUGGAAGUGGGGCACAAUAACUGCUGGAGCUUGGGAGUGUGUCAGGAUAGUGUGGACAGGAAGAAGCUGCACGUGACCUUGAGUCCAAUGAAUGGAUACUGGGUCCUUGAACAUGAAAAGGAAGACUUUUAUUUUGUAAACAAUCCCAAUAGAAUUCGCCUCUACCCAAGAAGCAACCUUACACGAGUGGGUAUAUUCCUGGACUAUGAGUGUGGGACCCUCUCCUUCUUUAAUGUAGAUGACGAGUCUCUCAUUUAUACCCUGACAUGUCGUUUUAAAGGGUUAUUGAGGCCCUACAUACAGCUCAAUCCGCACGAUGAGGAAAAGGUAUCUCCCAUAGUCAUAGCCCCCUGUCACGCAAAGUGA